AUGACUCCGAAUAUUCGUGAAUUAUACCGCAAGGAGCGGGUCUAUCUGGACACGAUAGACAAUCUGAAGGCUUUUGUGAGCACUUAUAAUCCCGAAAACGAUAAAACCAAAUUAGAAGGAUGGAAGCAACGAGUUGAAAUUAUUUUCGAGCAAUUCCAGCGAAAUAGGCUGGAAAUAGAAAUUUCGUUGGACAACGUAGAAAAACCUGAUACCAUAGGCGCGGAAGAUUUUGAAGAAGAAGGUCGUCGCAUACGUUCGACAUUUGAAAACGAUUACAUGUUCGUCCUCGGAUUUCUAACAUCCGAACUGGCCUCACUGUCGCCAUCCAAAUUCCCAUCGAAUAAACCGCAGCCUCUCCUCCAGCAAGCACAAUCAGAAAUAUCGAAUAAGACUUCCUCGCAAAGCAGUCCCACAAGAAAUAUCGAUCCUGAAGAACCGUCAACUUCCGCCACCAUCCUCGCUUCCACCACCAUCGUCGAUCAACCUCGCAACGUUCCGGCCACCAUCCUGCUGCAAACUGCCAUCGUCCAAGUUGUCAACAGCUUUGGAAAUAUCCAAUGGGUCCGGGCUUUAUUAGAUCCAGCGUCUCAGCUUAAUCUUGCUUCGGAAAACAUCGUUCAGAAGCUGAGACUCCCACGCCACACCAACCAUCAAGCUAUUGGAGGAGUAGGAAACUCGACCAUCGUUUCGAAUCACGCCGUGCAUCUUCAAAUCAGUUCGCAUUGUACCCAGUUCUCUACUAAAAUUCACUGCCAAGUUCUUAAGAAGAUCACUCGAGAAUUGCCGGAAAGAUCCCUCGCUUACAACAACUGGGUUAUUCCUCCGAAUGUUGUUCUCGCCGAUCCUUCUUUUCACCAACCCGGACCAAUAGAUUUACUGCUCGGCAUGGAAAUCUACUAUGAUUUAUUAUUGGAAGGGUUCACCAAACUCGGACCUGAGCAACCAAUUCUACAAAAUACCGUUCUCGGCUGGGUAGCCGCUGGGAAAAUUGGUUCCGUUUUCCCUGAAUCAACAUCGCGACUGGUUCAUGUCUGUAGUUGCGACUCCUUAGACACUGAGUUAUCACGCCUUUGGGAACUUGAAAAAUGCUGGACAAACUCCUCUCUAUCUGUAGAAGAAUCAUCUUGUGAAAAACACUUCGCUGAAACCACAUUUCGCGAUGAAUCUGGUCGAUUCGUAGUUACCCUGCCUAAGCACCAGUCAGAGUUAGCUCGCCUUGGAAAUUCGAAAGAUAUAGCUGCACAAAGAUUCUUUGCCCUCGAACGACGCUUUAUCAUGAAACCAGAAUUGAAAGCGUCUUACUCAGCAUUUAUCAAUGAGUACCAUCAAUUAGGCCACAUGCAGGAAAUAUUUGAUGAAAUUAAUCAUCCUUCCCCGUCUUAUUAUUUGCCCCACCAUGGCGUGGAGAAGGUAGAAAGCACCACCACCAAAUUACGCGUUGUUUUCGACGCGUCUUGUAGUUCUGACACUGGCGUGUCGUUAAACAAAGCCUUAAAGGUUGGACCAGUCGUACAGGAUGAUCUAUUCACUAUCAUUCUACGUUUUCGAACCCAUCAAUUUGUAAUAAUUUCGGACAUCGAGAAAAUGUAUCGCCAAAUAAGGAUACAUCCUUCUGACUACCCAUUGCAGCGCAUACUUUGGCGCAACAGUCCCGAUGAACCGCUCCGAACUUUCGAAUUACAAACGGUUACUUACGGUACUGCAUCGGCGCCGUAUUUGGCCACUAAAUGUCUGCAAGAAUUGUCCAAGCAAGGCGCAAAGGAAUACCCAUUAGCGGCGAAAGCCUUCGGUCGAGAUUUUUAUGUUGAUGAUGCACUUACGGGCUGUGAUGAUGAAGCUGAAGGAAAGAAAUUAUGCAGCCAAUUAAUCGCACUCGCAGCAUCUGCAGGAUUCAGUUUGCGCAAAUUUGCAUCGAAUUCAAAAUUGAUAUUAUCAGAAGUACCGCCUGAACUACGCGACGAAAGAACCUUGUUUGACUUAGAUGCUUCCUCAUCUCCAAUCAAAACGCUUGGGUUACAGUGGGAGCCCUCAAAGGAUACGUUUCGUUUUUCGACCCCACCUUGGAACUAUAACUCUACUGUCACUCGCCGCACAGUUCUUUCGGAUAUUGCCAGGAUAUACGAUCCGUUAGGACUAAUUGGACCUGUUUUCGUAGUUGCCAAAAUAUUUAUUCAAUCAUUGUGGAAAGAUACAAUCUCUUGGGACGACUUGCUCGAAGAAAAACAGCAACAUUUCUGGAUUGAUUAUCGCCAAAAACUUUCUUACAUCUCGGAAAUAGUUACUCCUCGCUGGUUGGAAAUUCCGAAUAUCGUCCAUCAUGAAGUUCACGGGUUUUGUGAUGCCUCGGAAAAGGCAUACGGAGCUUGCCUUUACUUGAGAGCUAUUUCGAGCGAUGGAACUAUCUCUGCUCAACUUAUCGCUGCUAAAUCAAAGGUAGCGCCACUAGGAAAUUCGAAACGACAAAGACGCAUUUGUUUACCCAGACUUGAACUUUCCGCCGCCCUGACUCUAAGCCAUUUGUAUAACAAGAUCAAAGAAAGCAACUCAUUCGAUCACAAGGCAAUUUUCUGGACUGAUUCAAUGAUCGUACUACAUUGGUUGAAUUCGGUUCCGUCGCGAUGGAAAACUUUCAUUGCGAAUCGAGUGUCAGAAGUCCAACACCUCACAGCUGAAGGAAUUUGGGCCCACGUUCCCGGUAUCGAAAAUCCAGCUGACAUAAUCUCCCGAGGGAUGUAUCCAGAACAGCUCAAAGAAGCCUCGCUAUGGUGGCACGGGCCCACUUGGCUCAGACAAUCAUCACGAUUUUGGCCACCCUUACAAUAUCAACUGCCUGACGAUUUUCCCGUUGAGCUACUUGAAGAACAAAAGGUUGCACUUCCGAUUCAAAUCCACGCCCCAAACGAAGUUUUUCUAUUACGAUCAUCUUUUCCGGCCUUGACUCGACUAGUUGCUCUUUUACUCCGUGCCAGUCACAAUUGUAAACGCCGAAAUCGUUCAAAUCGUAUCACCGGUUUCAUUCGCAUAACAGAACUUAAUCGAGCCAUGGAAACGCUGGUUAAGCUAGCCCAGCAAGAAACCUUCGAAAAGGAUAUUUCCGUAAUCAAAGCUGAAGGACAGGUGAAACCAAACUCCAAAUUGAAAAACUUGGCACCGUUUGUAGAAGAUGGACUGCUGCGUGUUGGCGGACGGCUUAGGCACGCUCCCAUCUCAAAGAAUCGCAAGCAUCCUAUGAUCCUCCCUUCCCGACACCCACUUACCGAAAGCAUUAUGACUUAUUAUCACCUCAAAAAUCUACAUGCUGGGGCACAGCUAUUGGUCGCAUGCGUUCGGGAGAAAUUUUGGCCACUUCGUAUCCGUAACUUGGCCCGGAAAGUUGUUCAUUCGUGUAUCAGGUGUUUUCGCUGCAAACCUACAAAUCUGGAUCAAAUCAUGGGCGAUUUGCCCACCGAGCGUGUAACGCCAACUUUCGCAUUUACAAACUCAGGAGUUGAUCUUUGUGGACCAUUUCAAUAUCGAGCUUCUCGUCGCACUACACCAGUCACAUGUUAUGUGGCACUCUUUGUUUGUCUGGUCACAAAGGCUUGUCACCUCGAACUCGUGCAUGAUUUGUCGACGUCCUCAUUCAUUGCGGCAUUGCAUCGCUUCAUCGGCCGCAGAGGUAAACCCAACAUCAUCGAAUGUGACAAUGCUAAGAAUUUCCGAGGAGCAUCUCGUCAACUUGCCACGUUAGCCCAACAAUUUUCAUCCCAGCAAUUCCAAUCGAACGUCAUCAACAGUUGUGCAACUGAUGGCAUCACAUUUAAAUUCAUCCCACCUCGCAGCCCUCACUUUGGAGGAUUGUGGGAAGCGGCGGUGAAAUCGUUCAAACAACAUCUCAAGGCCACUGUAGGCAAAUACAUACUUUCGCAAGAGGAAUUUAACACACUUUUGGUGCGCAUAGAAGCAUGCUUAAACUCCCGCCCGCUUACUCCAACGUCUGCUGAUCCGAACGAUUUGGAGAUUUUAACCCCGGGUCAUUUUUUGAUUCAUCGACCAAUGAACUCGUUUCCUGAACCUGAUCUGUCACACAUUCCUCGAAAUCGACUUGACCGCUGGCAAGAGAAUCAGGAACUGCUCCGUCGCUUUUGGAAGCGGUGGACCACCGAAUACUUAUCGGGUCUGCACCAACGCACGAAAUGGACCCAACGACGAGACAACAUUGCCAUCGGUACACUUGUUCUGCUGAAAGACGAAAACCUGCCACCUCUCAAGUGGAGAUUUGGCCGGAUCACAAGAAUCGUCAGAGGAAACGACAACAACGUUCGUGUGGUGACCGUCAAGACGUGUGACGGGGAGUACGACCGCACCAUCGCCAAGAUUUGCGUUUUGCCGAUCAAUCAACCAACGAUUGCUGAUGGGUCCGACGCAAAUACCGAGGAAUUUUUCAUCCCCCGGCAUGUUUCCCGACUGAGUGGCCGGCGACUCCAUCCCACUACCAAGAGUCCGCCCAACGCAGUUGAUGGUAGACGGACGACAGACGAAGGGUGGGUGAACGAAGGACGAAUGAUGGACGAACGAAUUACGAACUGGAGACGACGUCCAACCAACCACGUGACUAUUCGGAGACGAUCGCUUGGCGUAGGUGGAGAUCAGCUGACGACAACAAAUGUAAACAUCAACGACGGAGGUCGCUGA